AUGGCACCAUCAUCUUGGACCCAGCGCCCCGCAACCUAUGCACCAUACCGUGUCUACGAGCGGCCACUUGGUCACACAGAACUCAGUUUCUACCACGACAGUCUGCUCAGUGGCACGUCAGAUACAACAAGGCAUGUCCUCGUCCAAGAGAAGGAAUACCAAGAGCCUUCGCUCUUUUCCGAGCUGAAUGUAGCUAGGGCAUGGGUUGAUACGAAGCAAUAUUUCCCUCUUCUGGGCUCGCAGAUGCUGGUUGGCCUAGGGGGAGCCAGUGGUCAAUUCAUCGUAAAUGAAGAAGAUCUUUGGUCCUACAAAUCGUCAGAGGUGCACUUUUUGACCAUCGACUCUGCGCGCGAUGCGGAGGAAUUGCUUCUUGACCUUCGUCAUGGCGAACGGCGGCUGAAUAGCCAAACCCUUGCUCAAGUCCAUAUUCUCCGAAGAGUUGACUUACCGUCUCACUACCAUGUCAUGAUCCAGGUGGCGCAUGCCAUCACAGACGGGAUGUCUAACAUCGCUCUCUUGAAGUACUUCAUGGACUCUCUGUGCACCGUCAGGCCAAAGCCCAACUUGGAGGAGAGGUUGGGCAUGGCAUUGGCUUCGGAAGAGUUGGAUCCAUGCCUUCGUCUGAGUCUUCCGCGUCAAAGAUGGAUUCGAGCUAUCAGCGAAGUCAUCAGGUCCAUUCGCUGGGAUAAACUUAAAGGAGGUCACACUUUGCCACAGAUUCAGGACCCUUCCAGUUCGGUCGCGCCUCCAAAAUCAUAUCUGGCAAGACUCAGUCUACCAGAAGACAUGACGAAGAAAAUCAUUGCUACUUGUCGAAGGCAUUCCCUCACGUUUGGGCAUGCGUACGCUGUGUUAGCGCAAAUAGCGAUAACCCGGAUUCUCUGCCGCCGAUAUAUCGAAGGUCGUAUUAGCCAGGAGGAAUGGGAUAUGAGGCGGAGGCAGCCCAUGCAUACCGGUGGCCCGCUAAAUCUACGGCCAUAUUUGGACAAGGAAUGGUUGGCGAAGGGAGGUCAUGCCACUGUGGGCUGUGCCAUCGGGUUCUUCUGGUACACGCUCCCAUUCAUGCCUCUCGGCUCGGCUGCAAAUCUCAGCGUUGGAGGCCACAUGCCGUCCUUCGCUGAACUAUUGAGCCGAGAUCGGUUCUUCCUGAGAACGAACCUCGUCAAGAGGCAAUCCAGCCAUAUUUUCCGGCACCCACUGUUUGGCAGCAUCGUAAAGCAGCAGGCCCGGGAUAGAAUCCAGAGGGUCGUCCAGGUGCUGCAGAAUUUCGAGGCUGUGAAAGCAUCAGGAGGGGAGGCAGCCUCCUCCAAAACGCCGUUCGUCCUUUCUUUCGCCGGAUCGAGCAUGGGGAAUGUUGAAAACAUAGAACAGUAUGAGUAUCCUUCCCGAAAAGGGAAGGACUCUGUGCCUCAAACACCGUUACUUCGAAUCAUCGCAACUGAAACGUACCUUCGCUGUCGACCUGGUGAGCUCUAUUUAGGCUCUGCGACCGCUCGAAACAUGCUCCACAUGUAUGUCUUCUUCGACGGGAAUGCUUAUGAGGAAAGCACCGUCGACGAAUGGUUGAAGGAAAUUAAGGACGCCGCUAUCUGGUACCUUGGUGAGGAAGAUGAACGUCAAAAUCAAGGCAGGUUGUAG